UUCUUUGCUGCCUAAACGGUCCCAAUCGGUGGACCGACGACGAACUAUGGUUCCUCGGUCUGUGACUCCGGUUCCCGGAGGCAAUGCCGGCGAAUUAUCGGCGGCGUCGAAGAUGUUGAUUACUUCUACAAGGAGUUUAUCAGUUUCCUUUCAAGGCGAGGCGUUUUCGCUUCCGAUUAGCAAGAAGAAGGAGGCGAGUACUCCUACUUUGCACCGGAAAUCGACACCGGAAAGGCGAAGAGCGACUCCGGUGAGAGAUCAUGGCGAGAACUCGAAGCCAAUGGAGCAGCAACGGUGGCCUGGGAGGUCCAGGUCUGGGAGUUUAGCCUCGAAUCCUUUGAUGAGGAGCUUAGAUUACGGUGGUGAGGGAAGGAAACCAAGUGGGUUCGGAUCUGGGAUGGUGGUUAAGUCACUUCAGCAUUCUAUGAUUGAUGAGAGCAGGAGGCUGUCGCUUGAUGGGAGACUGAGCUUGGAUGUGAGCAACGGCGAAGACUUCUUGUCGACUAAGCAAAACCCAGAUGCUAUUUCUGCAAAUGACUUGGCCUCUUCUGUCUCAUGUGAUCUUACUGCAUCUGAUACUGACAGUGUGUCCUCUGGCAGCACUAAUGGCGUUCCAGAAUGUGGGAUUUCGAAAGGGAAGACUGGAGCUCGAGGGAUUCUUGUUUCUGCUAGGUUUUGGCAGGAGACAAAUAGCCGUUUACGGCGUUUACAGGAACCGGGUUCGCCAUUAUCGACCAGUCCUAUAUCAAGAAUGGCGGUCCCAUCAUCUAAGUUAAGUCAAUCAAAAAGAUUUUCCACUGAUGGUCCUGUGCUGUCUCCAAGGACUAUGGCUUCCCCCAUCAGAGGAGCUACUCGACCUGCUUCGCCGAGUAAGCUUUGGACAUCUUCCACUUCGUCUCCAGCAAGGGGGAUUCCUAGUCCCUCAAGGGCGAGAGCUGGUUCUAGCCAAAUGGGUAAUUGUAAUAGUUCACCUUCAAUCCUUAGUUUCUCUGUUGAUAUUCGGAGAGGAAAAAUUGGGGAGGAUAGAAUUCUUGAUGCACACAUGUUGAGGCUUCUGUAUAACCGGUACUUGCAAUGGCGUUUUGUGAAUGCGCGGGCAGAUGCUACAUGCAUGCUGCAGAGACUGGGUGCUGAGAAAAAUCUGUGGAACGCAUGGGUUACAAUGUCAGAGUUACGGCAUUCUGUCACUCUAAAAAGAAUAAAAUUACUCUUGCUGAGGCAAAAACUGAAACUAACCUCCAUUCUCAGGGGGCAAAUGGUGUACUUGGAAGAAUGGGCUCUUCUAGAUCGAGAUCAUUCUAGUUCCUUGUCGGGAGCAACUGAAGCUUUGAGGGCCAGUACUCUCCGUCUUCCAGUUGUUGGAAAAGCUACCGCUGAUAUUCAAAAUCUGAAGGAUGCUGUUGGUUCAGCAGUUGAUGUAAUGCAGGCAAUGGCAUCCUCGAUAUGCUUGCUAUCAUCAAAGGCAGAGGAAACCAAUUCGGUAAUGGCAGAACUCGUGAAUGUAACUGCAAAAGAAAAGAUUAUGCUUGAACAAUGUAAAGAUUUCUUGUCAACAUUAGCAGCAAUCCAGGUUAAGGACUGUAGCUUGAGAACACAUGUACUGCAAUUAAGUCGAGUAUCAUCAAACGGUAGCCUGACAACACCCGUGUAGAGACUACUACCACGAUUACUAUUAUUACUCACUCCAAAAUGCUAACAUUACACCCCCAACCAACCUCGACUUUGGUUAAAGGCGCUGGACCGGAAUAGCUUAGUUUUUGGCUUCUGAGUUGCAUAAUUUUUAGAAGCAGUCGGGAUCAUCUUUAAAGUGGCUUGUGUCUGGAUUUAUCUGAAGGUUACAGAAGUGGGUUUUGCUCAAACUAAUUUAGCUCUGUAUUAUACAAGUGCUUACUGCUUAAUCUGUAGUUUAAUGUACAUAAAAAUAUGUUAGAAGAUUCA